AUGUUGCCGCUGUCCUCAACGACAACCGCUUCCUCUCCCCCGUCCUCGGCCGCAAACAACCCCUCCCGCCACGGACGAAAACCCCUCUAUCUUGACCUCUCGAACAUCCCUCCCCCCCCCCAACCAUCACCACCCUCAAAUACCCUCCUAAUAACCGACCUUCAUGACCUCUCCCUCUUUCAACCCUCCUCCCUCGACGCCAUAAAGGCCCAAAUAUCCCGGAUAACCCCACUAAACUCUUUCUCCCCACUCCCCUCCCUCCGUCGAAUAGUCUGCUCUUUUACCUCCAUCGAUGCGGCCGUAAGAAUCCGCCAGGUACUAGAUGGCGAAGCCAUCCUAGGCAAAAGUGUACGUGCCAGAGUCUACUUUGGCGAAAAUACCCCAGUUGAAGACGCAGAGUCAGGCCGGAAACGAAACCUCCUCGAAGCGCCCAAGUUCCAAAAACAAUUCUUCAUCAGCCCGCCACCAAGCCCGCCUCAUGGCUGGAUGAUGCGAAACGAAGAACCCCCCAAUAAAGAAGUGCAUGCUGCUGAUCUGGCAGAGGCACUGGGCAGGUUGGGUUCGAUCCGGGCGGACCGGUCUUGCAGCAGUAUGACUGAGGCCGUUGCAUGUCAGGAUCCCGAUACACCUAUGUCGCUAUCGUCGGACGUGAAUAUUUUCGGAACUGAACAAGAAACGCCGCGUUCGAGUACGUGGCAAAUGUCUGCGGGUAGAGAGGGGAGGCAGCGCAGCGGUAGUACAGUUAUAUACGAUCCGGAGUACCAUGGUGGAAGCCCGCAUCUGCCUGCGGUUAUGGUGGAGGAUACGUCGGUUGGGACCGAGGUCUCUGAUUUUGAAAUGGAUGCCAGUCCUACUACCGAGGUGAGGCGCGCGAAUCGCGUUAUAGUGCACACUGCUCGUCCGCCCGUUGAGCUUAUGGAGUGA